AUGGGGGCAGCGGACGGAGCGCGAGGGGGAGCGGUGGGAGGAGCCCCAGGGCGAGCUCACGGGCGCCUCGGCGCCAUCGCUGGCUCGAGGCGCCGAGCGCGAGGGCGCUGCGCCCGGAACCGGAUGCACCCGCUGCCGGGGCUGCCGCCGCGGCCUCCCUCGGCGCCCGGCUGCGGGCGGGAGGCCCCGCACGGCAGGAGGGUGCUGAGCUCCGCCGAGCUCGAGGAGGUGCGCAUCGAGGAGAAGCGCAAGGAGGUGCAGCGGCUGCUCCGGCGCAACGCGCAGCACAUGGCCAGCCUGAGGGCCUGCAGCUCCGAGCGCCGGCUGCCCGAGGGGCAGGCGGGCGGCACUCCGCGCAGGGGCGCCGGGCCGCUGUCCCGCAGCAGCUCCUUCUCGGGCGCGCGGUCCGGCCCGAGCUCGCGCGCGCCCUCCCCGGAGCGGGCCGCCGGCGAGCCCUGCUGCGCCAGGGUCGCCCCCGGCUCCGAGCUGGAGGCGCGCGGCGGCCCCGAGGGCCCGCCUCGCGGCACCCCGGCGUGCGGACCGCCCGCGCGGCCGCCGAGGUUUCGUCCGCCCGGCCGCAGCUCCAGCGGGCCUCUGGCGGCAGAGGCCUCGUCGAAGCCCAAGAUCAAGUAUUCUCCGUCGUUGCAGCGCUUCCGCAUGUUCUGA